AUGGCCAAGAAGAAAGGAGACUUAAUAUUAAGAGCUAAUACCGGCAAAGGCAUAAAGCUUAAAAAGGGGGGUAUGUUCAAGGCGCUAAAGAAACAAAAAAAGAGAACUGGUGUCAUAGGACUAGACAGAAGCGACCCGCAUAGCAGCAAACGCAAAGCUAAGAUGGCAAAGCGCUCGGCUUCAGCUUCCGAUGUUUAUCGCAAUUUUGACGAGCGUAUGAAAGCUAAGAAGGCGCGACGGUCUGGAUUAAUCCCUAAAGCUUCUGCAGUAGCAACUACAAAUUUUGUAAUGGCAGCUCCCACUUUUCAGCUAAAUUUAACUUCUGUACAAUCAGCACCGGCUCCGCGUGAAGUGGACGGCUUUCCUGGAUUUAUAUCGGCGCUAGAGGCUCCAAAGGAUGCACCAGUUGUAAAUUCAAAUAAGCAAGUGUGCAAUACUCAACGGAUGCAGUCAGAAUAUUGCGGAAGUAACGUAUUUGCAGUAUUAGAUAAUGACGACGAGGACCAAAGUUCUGCACAGAAGAUGAAGCUUCCACUAACACCAGCGUAUAUACGUCCCGCAACGUUCACGUUUGCGACAGAAAAGUUUCCCUUUUCGCCACAGACUUUGGUACAGUCGUCCCUGAAGUCUUCGCUUUACCAGAGCAUGCAGUCAUCAACAGUUAUUCCUGAGAUUGAUCCUGACUUAUGA